AACACCACAGCUCUCAUGCAGUGCAGAAAGUUGCGAGGGCAGGCGGCGUGAUGCGGUGGGAUACCGUCCGAUAGGAAGUGACGGUGCUGCGUGAAUUCCAGCAGAGGUAUCAACACAAACGAGGAGCAGCAGCACGGGACUCUGCUGGUAGAGUGUUUUUGUGAGCCGAAGUGCGCAACAACAGCAGCUGCACCGGAGCGGAGCGCGAGACGUUUUUCUUUUUUUUCAAUGGAAGGUUACCAGAAGUAAAAAAAAAGAAAAAAAAAAUUGUAGCGGCUUGAUAUCCAUGACUUGUAUUCGCAGUUCUGGGCACACACAUGGAGCAGGAGUGACCUGUAAACCCUCCCCCGCUGCUUUGAAAAUGACGGGAAAAAACUCAAAAACGAAACAAACGCCAGCAAAGAGCUAAAGUUUCGCGACUCGGAUAUGAACUUGCGUUCCUGGAUUCUGUCGCGUUCAGUUUUGCGUCUUCGGGGAUGUUUGCGGCUCGGGUUCGGACUCUGGCCCGUUUCGCUGCCCUGCUGCUGGUGCUGCUGGUCGCCGUGGGACUCGGGUCGGAGCUGAGGGUUCGGGUCCGGCUCUCGGACGGGCUGGUGACCGAGGAGGUGUUGGAGGCGGACAGCGACAGGGACUCGAUAUCGCUCGAGUUCAAGCAGGGAGACGGGACCCUCAUCACCUUCGUGGCGGACUUUAAACAGGAAGUGAAGAUAUUUCGAGCGCUGAUCCUCGGCGAGCUGGAAAGGGGGCAGAACCAGUACCAGGCGCUGUGCUUCGUCUCUCGCCUCAACCGCAAUGAGAUCAUCCCCAGUGAGUCCAUGGCUCGCCUCAGACAGAAAAAUCCACAGGCCAUUCGAGUGGCUGAGGAGCGGAGAGGACUGGAGCAGAUGGCGAUGACGGCGGCGGUGAAUCUCAGCCGGGCCUGGCAGCUCAGCUCCCACGUCCGCAACGUGUGUAGCGAAGCACACGAGGCCAUUUACACCCGGGAGGCAGACGUCAAAUACUGGCUGGAGAAAGGAGUGGACGUUUCUGUAUUUGAAGCGCUGCCUCAAACGACGGAGGUGUCCAGCUUUCAGGCGUGCCACUCCACUAAAGACUUGUGGCAGCCGUGUCUCUGCACAUACAGCCUGCGUCUGGAGUGGUACCCCUGUCUGCUGAAGUACUGCCGCAGCCGGGACGCCGGGGGCAAAGGCUCCACCUACAAGUGCGGCAUAAAGAGCUGCAGCAAGGGCUACCAUUUUACCUACUACGUUCCUCAAAAACAGCUCUGCCUAUGGGACGAGGAGACCUAGAAUUUUUCCCUUUUCGGGAUAUUCAAGAACAUUUUUUUGCUCAGCCAGGCCAGUUCCUCCUGAUAAACCGAACUUUGGUUCAGAUGACAGUAAAUUAACCUUUCUCAUGCAGGGAGUGUAUCCUAAAACAGAAACGUAUUCAGGUUCCAACUGACACCAAAACAAAAGGAGGACAGAUGCAGAGGAAACAGUCGCUCCACAGCUUUUUGGUUGUUUAGCUUCUAUGUCACUUUGCCAAAUAUCCACCACAUUUGUGCCUUUUUUUUUUUCGGAAUUGAGGAAUUUUGGGAGAGAGUGACACAUGACAACAACAAUGACCUCUGGAACAAGUUGUGGUAUGCACAUAGCUUCACAAUAGAUUUCAGCUGAGUUAAACAAAAGCGGUGGAACAACAGUGUCGUAUACUUUCUCAUUGGACUUGGACAAACCUAAUCCUCCAUUCGGGUGAAGGAAAAUAAGGAUGGUGGAAUAAUCUUUGGUACAAAGCUCUGUGAAAAAAAACUUUUGUCAGCAAAACUUGUUUAUAAUUAAACAGGUAAGGAUAAAAAAUGCUUUGCCACUGCUGGCUUUAUUUAUUUUGGUUGUGGAGGACAGGUUUUGUACAUUUUUGUCACAAUAACACCACAGGUCCUCAGUGUCAAGUAUUCAUUUAAGAACAUUUUAAUGCUCCAUGUUUUUCAUUCACAUGUUGUAUGUCUGUGAUUCUAACAUUGCAUUGUACAACCAGCAGUGAUAAACAAGAUUAUGAUUGUACCUAAUGGGACAGUUUAUCUUGGAUACGACCCAUUUGUAAGGAGUAUCUCCUGUUAUGUUAAAAAGUGCCAAGUAAACAAAAUGAUCAGAUUUUUAUACAAAAUAAGAGCUUAAGGUUUCAGUUUCUAGAAACGUGUUUUGGACACUGCCAUGUUGCUGUUUUUAAUAAUCUAUACUGCCAUCUUCUGGUUGACCAAGGUAUAGCUUUCAUGUUUCGUCCCACUGCUACAAAUGUUUUCUGUAUUUAUGUCUGUUAAUACUGUUUAAAUAAUUUAUGUCUAUCAAAUAUUUGAAUAUUUUAUGCAUAAUGCAAGGAGUAUUUCUUGGACUUGUGGGACCAAAAUAACUUUUUGUCUUUUUUUGUAACAAUAACAGGUUGCAGUAGGUUUUUAAAUUAUAUUACCUCCAGCUUGGCCUUACACUACAGCAAGACACACUCAGUUUUUUUUUUCUGUUUUGUGUGUUAGCAGAUCCUGCUAACAUAAGAACCGAAUGAGCAAGAUAUUCCUAUUUGUGGUCUGUUGUGAUAAUCAAGUGCCUUAACAUUUCCACUGAUGUUUUUUUUGUUAUAUCAAUUGUAGAUUAAUUUGUUACACAUAUUUUUCUAUUAAAUAAUUUUGAAUUGUUGUAAAAAUAAUAAUACAAAAAGAUUAAAAAAUGUCCUAUAAAGAAAAAAAAUGAAGCAAUUUGGUUAAUGUACUUAGAGCUGUUUUUAAUUGUUUCAAUAAAGUCUUUGUUUGCACUGUGCAGUUAA